AUGGAACGUAAGCUUGUCGAAGUCUUUAGUUAUUUUGAGUCUUCUUUGGAUCUUUGGGAAGUCGUCCAAGACAUGUAUGGCCAAUCAUUAGCUCCUCCAUGGGAUCGUCACCCUCCUACAAAAUUGCACGAUCAGGCUAUCACCUUCGAACGAGCUUUUCUUACAUCUAUCUCUAAUGUUCAUGAGCUGAAAAAAUUUCAAGAAGCUCACUCUCAAGCCGUAUGGAAGAAAGCUAUGGAGGAAGAGUUGAUAGCACUU